AUGGUUGUGACCAGUCGUAGCUCUUCAUCUUCCAGACGUUUCUGUUCUUCUUCUUCUUCAUCUCUUGAACCGUCUUCAUCAUCUCCACUCUUUACCAAGCGAUCUAAGGUCAAGAUCGAUACCGCUAUUGAAUAUGUACGCGACGGUGGAAACGGCGGGGUCUUCAUCGGCGAGCGAGGUUCCAUUGAUAAUCAAGGACCGGUUUCGGAUCCUGGAUCGGAAUCUGGAGAGCUGGAGCUUGGAUCCUCUUAUCCGCAAGAUAUGGAUGCCGAGAAGCCGAUGUCUGUGAUGGAGAUCUCUCUUGAAGCCGACACCAACCCUGAAACUGAUGUCUUGCCGACACCUACAAUACCAGUGAACUUGAGUUUAACAAGGCAUUCCUGGGUUAAAAUAACUGCCGAAGAGAUCCAAGGAUGGAAGGAUUUGUCUAUAGUUGCAUUUGAAGUUGCGGUUUGGGAACACUUGGGAAAGGAUUAUUGUUCCCCAACUGACCGUAGAUUGUCACUCGAUUGGGACACUGGCAAGACUCAUCAUUACUACCAGUGUCAUGUAGCUUCAGAUGGAAGUUACACGUUCAAGUGUUUUGACAGGGACUUCUUCUUGUCUCUUGAACCCGUUGGAACAUACUUGCAAAAGGUCUUGGGUGAUGAUAAUGUUUUGACGGUCGUAUUUGAGGAUCUCCAGAAAAAUUCGUCAACUUGUAGUAUAGACCCUUACUCUGCAUACAAAAGGAUUGCCAAGAAUGGUAUCAAGAUUGGGUUACGCCGUUAUCAAUUGUUUGUUUUCAAAGAUGGUGGAAAAGAAAAAAAUAAGAAAGACUUUUCUACAACAGGAGUUAAAUGCUACUUUAUACGCACAGACUCCACAUCUGCGAAUGAUCCAAGAAGUUCUUACAUUUUUUUGGGAAGUCAAUUUAUGAAGCUCGCAUGCAUUUUAUGCACGUGCACACAUUGCCAUCUUCAGACAACUACAUGGUUUUCUUUGAUUCUGUCAAAGACUAAGAAGCUUGAAGUUGACAUGACUGGGAUAACCUUCGAGAUUAUUGAUGAUAUUCACUGCCAUGUACUUUGUUAAUUCUUUUGUCUUUUUGGGAACUCUGUCUUUAAUUUAUGUGUUUGUCCCUAAGAAUAAGUUUGGUUUGUAUGUUUUUUUUUCUUUUUUUGAAAAAGGUCUGUGUUGACAAUUAUAUUAGUGCACUUAGUAAAAUACAAAUAGAGAAAAAUAAUUUUAUAACUUAAAA